ACAUUCCUCUUAGAAAUCAUGGCAUUUCCGAUCAUACUGAUGUUCUUGCUUCUUACACCAACUUUGAUCUUUUCUUCCCCAGUCCAAGAUCCUGAAUCAGUUGUCCAGGAAGUUCAGAAGAGCAUCAUUGAGCAUAGGAGAAAAUUGGGUUUUUAUUCAUGUGGAACAGGCAACCCCAUUGAUGAUUGUUGGAGGUGCGACCCCAAUUGGGAAAACAACCGCAAACGGCUAGCAGAAUGUGCAAUCGGGUUUGGCAGACAUGCCAUUGGAGGAAGGGAUGGCAAGUUUUAUCUGGUCACGGACCCCAGUGACCACGCAGUGAACCCCAAGCCAGGAACUCUAAGACACGCUGCAAUCCAACAAGAGCCCUUGUGGAUCAUAUUCAAGCAUGACAUGGUGAUCAAGCUCGAGAUGGAUCUCGUUAUGAACUCUUACAAGACCAUUGAUGGUAGAGGAGCUAAUGUCCACAUUGCUGGAGGGCCUUGCAUCAAGGUGCAGAGAAAGACCAACAUCAUAAUCCAUGGCAUUAGUAUCCAUGACUGCAAACGCGGUGGCAGUGGGUACGUGAGCGACUCUCCUAACCAUCAGAGCUGGAGAGGACGAUCAGACGGUGAUGGGGUCACGAUUUAUGAUUCGAGCAAUGUUUGGGUGGACCAUUGUUCUUUGUCGAACUGUUUUGAUGGGUUGAUUGAUGUUGUUCAUGGAUCAACGGCUAUUACCAUUUCGAACAAUUACAUGACGCACCAUAACAAGGUCAUGCUCUUGGGUCAUAGUGAUUCCAAUAAAGAGGAUAAAAAGAUGCAGGUUACGAUUGCUUUCAACCAUUUUGGAGAAGGACUUGGGGGAAGAAUGCCCAGGUGCAGGUUCGGAUAUUUCCACGUGGUGAACAAUGAUUACACACAUUGGCAGAAGUACGCAAUAGGUGGGAGUUCAUCCCCAACUAUUUUCAGCCAAGGCAACAGAUUUCUUGCUCCAAAUGAUGAAGAACACAAAGAGAUCACCAAACAUUUUGGAUCAUCGGAGAAUGAAUGGAAGAACUGGAACUGGAGGUCUGAAGGGGAUUUAAUGCUGAAUGGCGCCUUCUUCAGUCCGUCCGGAGCCGGUGCAACUUCUACAUAUGCUAGGGCGUCAAGCAUGGAAGCAAGACCACCAAUGCUUGUGGCUUCAAUGACAGCAGGGGCUGGAGCUCUUAGAUGCAAGAAAGACUACAUGUGCUACUAGAUUACUACUACACUAUGCUAAGAGAACUAUUAAGUAUGGUCCAGAUUUUAGGCAUGCCAAAAUUUAGUUUACUAGUGCAAAAUGUGUAGCUAGCUAUAUCAGUUGUGACUUCAUUCCCUUGAAGGGACAAUGAAGAGUAUAAGGGUUCUGUAAAGUUGAAAUUUGAAUAUAGA